AUGGAUUCAUUUGAAGUAGCAAACCAAUUUUCAACGAUACUACGAAACUUGACCCCUCAGCAACAACAGCUACAGAAAGCUAUAUAUUUUGCAUUAAAGAAUGCCGAUAAGGAGGAUUACAUUGUGCCCACAAUAUUGAGCGUUUUGGAGGACGCCAAGUUGGACUUGAAUUUGAAAUCAUUUAUUCUUCAAUUCAUUGACCUUUUAAUGCAAGAGAGCUUUAGUAAUCCGAGAUACAACAAUGCAUACAUUCAGAGCUUGAAGAGCAAGUUGCCCCAGAUUAUGCAACUGGUGUGUCCUCUGAAUAACUCAUCCAAUUUAAUGGUUGCAUACACAUGUUUAUGUCACAUACUGUCGAGGUUCAAAAUAGAUUGCAAACCGUACAAGGUAGAUUUUCAAACAAGCUCACUAGACGAACUUGAAGACAGGUCAUUUGAACUUGAUGGUAAUGAAGAUGCAUUGAUUUCUGCAUGGAAAAUUCUACUAGAACGCUCGAGGGCAAGUAAACUCGAUCGGAAAAGGCUUGUCAAUGACGAACCUGUCUAUAAAGAUCACAGGGAUGAAGACCAAAUAUUCAACAUCCGCAACAAAAACGAUCCCAACACACAAUACCUAACAAAAAAGCAAAUCAUUACAAGAAUUGAAGAUGAAAGAGAAACGCAUAAACGGUUGAAAGAAAACAAAUGGUGCGUUAAUCGUAGCAAAGAUGUCAAAUUCAUUAGUGAAGAUGAAUUUAUCAACAAUUACUGGAACAAAUUCCACCCGUUGACAAAGGAAGAGAAUGUCGAGUUUUUGAAUAAUCUUAAGGAAUUGAAUGGAAUGGUAUUGCAAAGCUAUAAAGAUAAGCAGUUUUAG